AUGUGGGGUUCAUUUUUUUCUGGUGGAAAAGAUCCAUUAAAAGAUCUCGGCUAUGAAAUUCUUCCGGACAGUUCACCAACAUCAAACAAUUCUCGGUCGAUUUGGACUAUUCUGAACGGGAAGAAAAAAGCGACAGGGGAUUUAGUAACAAUCUUCUCUUGUCAAAACGAUGCUUAUAUACAACUAGCAAAAGCAGCAUUGAAGCGAAUGAAAACAUUACGACAUCCGAAUAUUCUUGUGUAUCUCGAUGGUGUCGAAUCGGACAAAGCAGUUUACGUCGUUACAGAAAAGGCUAUGCCACUUGAAACGUAUUUAAAUGAGCUGAAAUCCAAUAAUAACGUCGCAAAUUUCAAUUCCGAACAUUUACUUGAGAUCGCGUGGGGUUUACAACAAUUAUGUCGUGUUUUGGCAUUUCUUCAUGACGAUUGUAAACUAUCACAUGGAAAUAUCAAUACAAGUACAGUAUUUGUAGACGCGAAGUCAUGUGAUUGGAAAUUAGCUUGUCUUGAAUUCGUACAAUCGGUUAACGAAGAACAAGCUCAUGUUCCGUCGCGAUAUUUACCAGCCUGUCAACGUUAUGAACCGCCACCAGCAUCAGGAAAAAAAGGUGGUGAAAAUCAAAGAUCACGCGACGUUUGGCUAGUUGGUACAUUGAUCUGGGAAAUAUUUAAUGGCAAUGGUGCUACAUCUGCUGCAUCCUAUCGUCAAUUAGGUUCCAUUCCACGUCCAUUAUCUGCUGCUUAUGGUGAAUUGAUGAAUAUAAAUCCAGCUCUUCGAACUUCGAUCGAUAAGUUAAAUCAGUCUCCUUUUAUUCAAAACAAUCCGUUAGUUGAAUGUCUUCUAUUUCUCGAACAAAUUCAAUUAAAAGAUCCAGGAGAAAAGCAAACGUUUUUCAAUUCACUACCUGACAAAGUCGAUCAAUUUCCAUCGCAUAUCAAUGAACGAAAAUUACUACCUUUACUAUUCACUGCGUAUGAAUUCGGUUCAGCGGGUUCAGCGGUGUUACCAACGUUGUUCAAAUUAGGGAAAAAGCUCUCUGAUAAUGAUUACAAGAAACGGAUCGUUCCAAUCAUUACGAAAUUAUUCGCAUCAACAGAUCGAAUGACACGUUUUCGACUCUUACAACAGUUGGACACAUAUGUUGAGCAUUUGACACCAGCGGUUGUCAAUGAUGAUAUAUUCACUCAUAUCUGUACGGGCUUUAGUGAUCAAGAACCAGCAAUUCGAGAAGCAACUGUGAAAGCUAUGUUAUUCUUGGCACCGAAAUUAAAUUAUAAGAAUUUAAAUAUCGAAUUAAUGAAGCAUUUCUCUCGUUUACAAACAAGCGACGAUCAAGGAGUAAUACGAACGAAUACCAUCGUUUGUCUUGGUAAAAUCGCCGGACAUCUCAAUCCAAGUUUACGUGGUCGCCUACUCAUAUCUGCGUUUGGUCGGGGCACUCAAGAUCCAUUUGGACCAUCACGACAAGCAUCGAUCUUUGCAUUGAAUCAUUCCGAAAAGUUUUUUACAUUGAAAGAUAUUGCUUCGAAAAUUCUACCGAUUGUUUGCCAUGCAACGGUCGAUCCUGAAUUGGAUGUGCGACAGCAAGCGUUUAAAACAAUUCAAAUGUUCCUGAAGAAAUUAGAAACAGUGUCCGAAAAACCUGAACUAGCGAUUGAGAUGGAAAAAGAUGUUAAUUCGAGCAAUGUCGGUGGCACAGCAAAUGAAACAUCAUGGACAUCAUGGGCUCUGACAUCACUUUCUAGUAAUAUUGGCAAAUUAACAACAAAACCUCAACAACCAUCGGUGAAUUUAACGCUAGCAAAGAGCGACUCACAAAAUACUUUGGCAAAUACAUCGGCGAUGUCCACACCAAGCAAAGAAAAAUCGACAGGAAACACAAGUAAUGGACAAUCACCUGUGAAAGUUAAUGCGCCUAGUAAAUUACAAACAAAAGCGGAAAAGGAGGAACAACAGCGGCAAGCAUCAGCAUUAGCUUCAUAUUUUAAUAAAACGGAUGAUGUUAACGAGGAUGACGAAGCAAAUCCAACCCCGUGGGAUGACAUGAAAUCGAAUGAUUGGGGCGAAACACAAGAGAUUGGUGAUGAUAAAUGGGAAGAUUUCAGUACACCAGCACCGGUAAAUAAACCUGAAAUUCCAUCAACAGCAACAACAACAACAACAAGCACAUUUAAGUCAACGACAACAAAAACAACGACAAAUACUACUGCAUGGACGCAGGAUAAGCCCAGUCAAUCGAAAAAUGAUUGGGAUAGUGAUGCGUUUUUCGAGGAUGUUCUCACUAGUUCAAGCAAACCAAAGUUGAAAACAACACGACGCUAA